UUAUUUCAAUGGAGAUAUUUCAUGGAAUUUGUAUGGAUGGUGCUCUUUUACGUACUGUUUAUUAUUCUUAUGAUAAACAAAAUCAUUCAACAAAUGUGUAUAAGGAAAUGAUUAAUGCUUUUGGUCGAUUAGCAACUGAGAAACCACAUACAUUAGGUAAAAGUAGUAAUUCGCUAAAUGGAAAUUCGUGUCAUUCAAUAGAAGAUGACGGACUAACAAACAUUGGCGGUCUGAGUAUUGCAUCCUCAGUAAUGAAAAUUAAAUGCAUUGACCAGAUGGACAAAUCAGAUCCACCACAAAUUCCAGAAACUUAUCUUUAUUAUUUGACUCUUUUAUGUCUAAAUUCAAUUGUGGAUGGCCUUCACGAUUUUGUAAUAAAAAAUCUUACAAGUGUUAUUCAAGAUCAAAAGAAAUCAACUUUACAAUCUAAAUCUCAAAUCCUUGUGGCUGAUAUGGCAAAUACUUCAUGGCCUGGAUUGCUUGCUGCACUUUCCGCUAUUCCUCAUAUUACUAUGCCACCUAUGCUAUCAUCAGAAAAUAAGGCAUGUGAAACUGAAA